AUGUGGACAGAAUACAGCCGAGACAGCUGUUGCUCUUCCUGUCAUGGAACUGGAGUGCGACGCAUGUCAACUCAGCUGAGAGAGACUGGACUUUAAAGCCUGACACUGCGUUCGUCACUCUUCAUUUUGUGAGUAGAGAAAGCAAGGUGCCGGCGCCAUGUUCAGAAUCGUUGUGCUUACCUUGUUUUGUGCGGGGCUGGUGGCGGCAGGCUCCAAAAGCAAGUUAAAAUACAAAGAUCAAAGAGUCAGACGACAAGAAGGAGAAUGCGCAGUGGACCAGUUCAAGUGCUCCAAUGGAAGGUGCAUCCAAGAAGAAUGGGUUUGCGACUCGGACGGUGAUUGUGCAGACAACUCGGAUGAAGCUACGCCAGGAUGUACAUCCGAAUGCACUGGUCCCCACAAGAUCAAAUGCAAGAACGGGGGAUGUGUUCCUCUCGAGUUCCGUUGUGACGGUGACGACGACUGUGGCGAUCAAACCGACGAACAGGGAUGCGGUGAGUUCCAGUGCUCCGCGGGCGAGACCCACUGCGGUGACGGGAAGUGUAUAGAAGAUGGCUGGAUGUGCGACGGCCAAGAGGACUGCAGCAAGGGCUGGGACGAGGACCCCGCCAACUGCCGUAAGGUCACGCCGGCCCCUUAGUGACCUUUUCAGGCAUGGGUCAACUCCAAGCAGACGUCACCUACCCACCUCUUAUUGCUAGACAACACACACACACACAUAAUCAUGUCAAUCUAUCAUUUUUGCUCAACUCCUCCUGGGUCUUGUUCAUGAGUUCCAUGAAGAUUGAUGGCUUCGUGAACGUUGGUAUCUAACGGGCUUCUGAAUAAAGUCACAUGAUCUAUCCCCAAGAAAAGAAACCCUCUCAUCACCACCCAGCCAGUCCUGAAGCAUUUGAACGAAAGGCCGACUUCAUCUGUUAUCACUUGCCGAUACACUAUGGCUGAUUUGUUGUAGAUGUCAAUAUUCUAUUUUCUCUCCAGUUAAUUGAUAUGACACAUUACUGUUCAAAAUAAAACUUUAAUUAACUUCAGAAUUAGACUAUUUUAGGAAGAUUGGCUGUUGCACGUGCCCAUUCCACACAUGGACAAGCGGUUGUCGCAAUAUUGGCGACGUUAGGUCGCAGUCGUCGUCAUAGCAACCUCAUCACAUGCAGGUGUUGGUGACAUUUUAUUUCAGUCUCAUGGAAAUAAAGGAUCCAUCUUUAAUACUGGGGAUGUUGGGACAUUA